GGUGCCAUAAUGGAAGCUGUGUUGCCGCCGCCAUUACCGUUUAGCUUCACAAAUAAUUUGGAAAAUGUUACAUCGGGGAACCUCUCAAAGGAGUGGGAAAAAUGGAGAAAAUCGUUCCAAGUUUAUUAUGAGGCGUGUGAAUUAUCUAAAAAGAGUGCUCAGGUGCAGAUGAGUAUAUUGCUGCAUGUGAUUGGUGAGCAGUGUCGUGAGGUACAUGCCCAAUUUGAAGGUACGUUUGCCAGUGUAAAGGAUUUAUUGGAUAAAUUCGAAUCUUUUUUUUCACCGAAAAAAAAUAUUACCAUCGAAAGACACAGAUUCUUUACUCGGUGUCAAAAACAAAGCGAAUCAAUUGAGCAGUACGCGUUCGAGUUGAAAAAAUUAGCAAGUGCUUGUGAGUUUAAGGAGCUAAUGGAUGAUUUGAUAAGGGAUCGCCUCAUAUGCGGAAUACAGGAGAACGCACUGAGGGAGCGUUUGUUGCGAGAGCCGGACUUAACUCUGAAAAAGUCCUUGGAAAUAUGUAAUAUUGCACAAAUAUCGAAAUUGCAGGCGGGCACAAUCAAAAAAGAAACUAGUGAACAUGAAGCUUAUACUUAUAAUAUUACUGCAAGUAAUAUUCAAGACCGGUUAAUGUUAGAGGAAGAGGGUAGCCCGUACAGUCAGGUGAAUUGGAUAUCAAGACGUGGAGGGUACCGAGCGCGAGGCGCGCCGCGGGGCAGAGGUCGCGGCUGGUCGCAGCCGGCCCCGCGCCCCGCGCCGCCGCGCCGCAGUGCCACUCCUGCGCAAACAGCUGUUUCAUCGCGAGAGAUAAGACAACAACAUCAACAAACGGGACCUUAUGGAGGAAUUAAAUCUGGAGUGCAGUGUCUAAAGUGCGGGUUUGCUCACGGUGUCUAUAUGAAGUGUCCGGCUUUAGGGAAAAUGUGUCUGAGUUGUAAUAAUUAUGAUCAUUUCUCACGCAUGUGUACGGUGUAUAACGUAGAAGCUGUGGAGCCCUCAGUGGAACCUAUCGAUCAGGUAAUCUAUUGUCUUAGUAAUUCAAGUAGUGAUUGGUCUAUAGACUUAGCUUUCGGAGCAGGGGUUACUAUUAAAUUUAAACUGGAUACCGGGGCUGAUGCGAAUAUUUUACCUAUAAAAUAUUUAAGCCAGGUUGGUUUAGUAGAACAAGAUUUAACUAGGACGGGUAUAAAGUAUAAGAGUUACUCAGAUAACGACAUCAUUGUACUAGGCACGUGUCAUUUAAAAGUACAGUGCAAAAAUGACUUUUAUAUACUGGAGUUCGUGAUAGCGGAUCCGUACACGUUCAAGUUAGUUUAUAAGCCAGGAAAAUAUUUGUAUAUGGCAGAUACGUUGUCACGCGCUGUAGAACCGACGACCACUCCAGCUGAAGUGCCGCGAGAUCAGCUAGAUUUGCAAGCACAAGUUUGUGCCAUCGCGCGCCCGGCAGCGCAAGACACUCCAGUGUGCUCCCUGCCUUACGAUGAUAUCGGUAUCCGCAGUGAUAACGCGGUGACGUCAUCGAGCGCCGUAGCCGGCGCGCCGACCGCCAUCGACACCGGGUUUAACUCACGUGAAAUGCUCGCGCACCCCGGUCCAUCCCGUUUACUAUCUGCUCCCACCAAUAAUAAUAGUAAUAACUAUGUUACUCGCUCCGGCAGGGAGGUGAUCGUUCCUGAUCGGUGGGGUUCCUGGGGCUGGUAA